AUGAGGAUUGUAGCUCUUCUCCUCGUUGUAGCUGUUCUACAGAAUCACAAAGUCACUGCUGUUGGAUAUCCACUGGACAUGGCAUUGAAUUCAGUUGAUGAUCAGUAUAAGGGAUGCACAGAGAAAAUGGCAGAUCAGGUGAAAACCAAAUAUCUGCCAAAGGAACUCAAUAACUCUAAAUCUAAUUUCAAAAAAGCUUGGAAAGAGGCUGAAGAAUCUAUUAAGAAUAAGACAAAUAACUUGACAAAUAAUCAUUUAAUUGCCAUCUAUAUGUACACUGGUGAUAAAGUGUUUCGUGAUUUCAAUAAUGCCACUCGUCAUGGCAGGCAAAACUACACCAUUGAGAAAUACGACUGGUAUUCACUUCACUUUCUGUUAACAGAGGCCUUACAGAUUCUGAAAACAACACAAAAUAGAUGCUUUGAUACUUUUCGUGGUACAAAAUUAAAGUUUGAACUUCUCGACAACACUGUUCGUUUUGGCUCAUUUGCAUCUUCCACUUACGAUUGGAAAAAGGCAACGUUUUUUGGAAAUGUGUCUUGUUUUGAGAUUCACACUUGUGCAGGUGCUGAUAUUACGAAUCAUUCCUAGCUUAAUCAUGAGAAAGAGGUGCUGAUUCCUCCAUAUGAGAUGUUUAGAGUCACUAAAACCAAGACAAUUGAUAAGCAGAAUAAUCUUUGGUGUAAAACUGUGUAUGUGUUGAACAGCACUGGAAUAAGGAGUGACCUGAACUGUGCUCUAUGCAGGAGACCAAACAAAAUCGAGAAAAAGCACUAUAUUUUGCUCUGAGCCAAAACACAGUGCAUUAAAUGUGCAUUUGUUAUUAAAGCUCCCAUAUGAACCUGUGUUAUUCAGCGGUUGUUAUCUUGGGAUAUCACACCAUACAAUGUCAUGACUGACCAAUCAGAAUCGAGCAUUCCAGACAGCCGUGCAAUGAAAUGCAUUAACAACUGCCUGGAUGUAAUUUAUUCGUUACUUAUUAAAUGGCUGUCUGAAAUGCUGGAUUCUGAUUGGUCAGUUGCGACAUUACAAAGUAUUUUGUUUCCAGAUAACAACUGCUAAAUAACACAGAUUCACAGAACUUUAAAUACACCCACAUUCAUUUA